AUGCGGGAAGGAUGGAGACGGGAUCCUCCAAGCCUUGGCUCCGGAAAUGCCCUCGUAACUUUACUAGUAGUACUACUUUCAGUGCAACCGCUUGGAGGUCCGCAAGACCGUCCAUCAAUCAAGUGGCUUGCGACCCAGCCCAAGUGGCUUCUUGAGAUCGCAAUCGGUGGCGGUCCCUCCCACCCGACUUCGGUGACCCAUCCAGCCUCCAAUGAAGUCAAACGAACAGCCGUUGAUGUCAGUAGAGGGCGUCGGUAUGGAUUCAUAAAUACUUGCCUGAAGUCUCUGGUGGUUGAAAAAUAUGGUGAAGAAAUAUGGGAAAAAUUAAGAGUUCAAACUGGAGUACAGGAUAGCUUUAUGACCUUUGAAGUUUACCGUGAUGAGAUCACAAUGCAGCUAAUUGACAAGGCAUGCAAAAUGCUGGAUGUUCCUCCAGAUAUGGUCCUGAAGCAGUUUGGAGAGUAUUUUUUUGAAUUCUGUAAGCGGUCUGGUUAUGACCAUAUGCUGAGAACUCUGGGAGGAAACCUCUAUGAAUUUAUAGAGAACCUGGAUGCAUUGCACAGCUACCUGAGUUUGUCUUACCAGGAAAUGAAUGCUCCUUCAUUUAGGGUAGAAAAGAAUGAAGACGGGUCAAUGCAUUUGCAUUAUUACUCAGACAGACGAGGGUUGUGUCAUAUUGUUCCAGGAAUCAUUGGUGCAGCAGCCUUGGAUUUUUUCAACAUUGAAAUUUCCAUGGAAAUUGUUAAUCAAACAGAAGAAGAAGAAAGGACAGGGAAAAAAGAGCACAUUGUGUUCCUUGUAACGCAACAACCGGUAUUUUCACAGAAAAGAAGAAACAAAUUCUCUUCCUCUCCACAAUACUUUUCAAGUUCACAAGGAGAAAAACAGCUGAAUAAAGAGGAUCUUGAAAGAACGAUGAAUAAGAUCAGAGAUAAAACAAGUCGGCUUUCCACCCGUCCUAUUAAGAAAAGCCACUGGGAAACCAUCCGAGGAAUUGUGACAAUAGGAAAAGGACGACUUCUGAGAGGAUUUGAUCCUGUCUAUCCAAAGACCCUCUGGAUAGAUCCAAAGACUUUCUGCAAUGGGCUUCCUUUCCAUAUCGUGUUUGAUGAAGAACUCAGAGUGAAGCAAGCUGGAGUCAGCAUUCAGAAGAUUGUGCCUGGCCUUCAGACCAUGGGUAUCCGCCUCAAUCAGUAUUUCAGUAUUGUACGCCCUGAAGUGACAUUCACCAUUUCCAGUGUCCAGAAAUUCAUCAACAGCCAAUUUGUUUUCCGGACCAAGAGAGAGAUGAUGCCAGAAUCCUGGAAGCAGCGUCCUAUGCUGGAACUGAGAGGGCAGAUGAUCUGGAUGGAGUCUGUUCAGUGCAUGCUCUACCUAUGCUCUCCUCUCCUUCGCACUCUGCACGAGCUGGAAGAAAGGAGCAUGCACAUUGCGGACAUUGCACCCCAUGAUGUCACCCGGGAUUUGAUUCUUCUCAACCAGCAGAGGUUGGCUGAGAUGGAGCUUUCCAAUCAGCUUGAGAGAAAGAAAGAGGAACUGCGAAUAUUGUCAAAGCAUCUGGAAGAAGAGAAGAAGAAAACCGAAGCCCUUCUAUAUGCCAUGCUCCCAAAGCAUGUGGCCAACCAGCUGAAAGAAGGGAAACGAGUCGAGGCAGGUGAAUUUAAAGAGUGCACCAUAUUAUUCAGUGAUGUUGUAACUUUUACCAACAUUUGUGCCCAGUGUGAACCAAUCCAGAUAGUCCUCAUGUUAAAUGCAAUGUAUCUGCGCUUUGACAGGCUGACCACAGUUCAUGAUGUCUACAAGGUGGAAACCAUAGGAGAUGCCUACAUGGUAGUAGGGGGUGUUCCUGUACCUGUAUCAACCCACGCUGAACGGGUUGCCAAUUUUGCCCUUGGAAUGAUAGUGGCCGCUAAAGACAUAAAGAAUCCAGUUUCUGGAAAUCCCAUUCAAAUUAGAGUUGGAAUCCACACAGGCCCUGUCCUUGCGGGAGUUGUUGGAGAAAAAAUGCCACGUUAUUGCUUAUUUGGAGACACAGUGAAUAUUGCAUCCCGGAUGGAGAGCCAUGGGGUACCAAGCAAAAUCCACCUCAGUGCCAGUGUUCAUCAAUGCUUAAAGGACAAGAAUUUUGAGAUGCUGGAAAGAGGAGAAAUUGAUGUGAAGGGCAAAGGGAAAAUGCACACUUAUUUCCUGGUUCGAAAUACAAUUGCAUCUGAGAAUGAGAUCAUGGGAAAGUCAAUUAGGGAGUCUGACCUGAGCCCUGAACCUACUCAAUUGUUUCAGGAGUGCAAGGUCGAUGCAUUCAAAAACUCAUGUUCCCAAGAUGUACAGCCAAAUUUGGAUGAGGAAUUGCUUCCAGUCAUAGCAAUGAAGUAUGCAGAUAGUCCCAUGGAUGUAAACACUGAUGCUAAAGGGAGAAAUGAAACGAGGAUGACAGAUGUCACAGGCAAACUACAUGAUACAGAGGCCCAUGCAAGUCCUCAUGGUGACCAGCAACCAAGGAAAGAUCCUUAUCAUCUCAUGCAAGGAAGAAGAAAGCCAGCAGCGGAAGCACCACGGAUCAGGAAUGUCAGAAACGUCAGAUCCAAUUUCUGCAAUUUACUUUAA